AUGUCAGUGGGUUUCUGUUUCAAGAAAUUUUGCCCCAUUGUACUCAUCCAGCUGUGUGAGACAGCACGAGCACGUCACAAAGACGGCACCGUUUUUCCCACUGCAGUGCACGGUGGAUUUUCUCAUUGGCUGGAAUGGCAAGCCUGCAGCGUGACCUGUGGCCGAGGAGUUCAGCAGCGCGUCCGUCAGUGCAACAGCCCUCUCCCAGCAAACGGGGGGAGGAGGUGCGAGGGGCCCGACACGGACACGCGCAGCUGCCACAACAAGCCCUGUCCAGUGGAUGGCAGCUGGUCUGAGUGGGGGCCAUGGGAAGAGUGUUCGAAGAGCUGCGGGCACGGUAACAGGACCAGAACCAGGACCUGCAGUGACCCACCGGCUCAGCACGGCGGGAAGCCCUGUGCUGGCAGCGCUGUGGAUUCAGUCAUGUGCCAUACUAGGCCUUGCCCAGUUGAUGGCGAGUGGAGCUCUUGGCUGCCGUGGGGUCCUUGCAGCGAGACCUGCGGGAAGGGCACUCAGACACGACUGAGGCUCUGCAGUAACCCUCCUCCUUCGCACGACGGAUCGUACUGUGAGGGGUCUGACGCACAGAUCCAGGUUUGCAACAAGGGACACUGCCCAGUGGACGGGAAGUGGGCCGCGUGGAGCAGCUGGAGUGCCUGCGCCGUGUCCUGCGGAGGAGGCAGCAGGCAGAGGACGCGCCGCUGCUCAGACCCAGCCCCGCAGUUUGGGGGUCACAAAUGCGAAGGAAACGACAUACAGAUCGAUUUUUGCAACAGCGAUCCUUGUCCGAUCCAUGGCAACUGGGGCCCGUGGAGCAGUUGGGGAAGCUGCAGUCGGACGUGCCAUGGAGGCCAGAUGAGGCGAUACCGGACCUGUGACAAUCCUCGCCCUGCCAGCGGAGGAAGGGCGUGUGCAGGGGCUGAUGUGCAGAUCCAGAGGUGCAGCACUGAACUGUGCCCCGUGGAUGGAAACUGGGGGCAGUGGCAAACAUGGAGCCAGUGCUCUGCCUCUUGUGGAGGAGGAGAGCAGACCCGAAUACGCCUGUGCAGCAGUCCAGCCCCGUUAAAUCGUGGACGUCCUUGUCCUGGAGACUCCUCCCAGAUCUCCAGGUGCAAUACCCAAGCAUGUCCUGGUGGACCUUCACGUGCCAAAGGCAGCAUUAUUGGAAACAUUAAUGAUCUGGAAUUUGGAAUUGCUUUCUUGAAUGCCACAGUAACAGACAGCCCUGACUCUGAAACCAGAGUAAUCCAAGCAAAGAUUACAAAUGUCCCUCGGAGCCUCGGUCCAGCGCUGAGAAAGCUUGUUUCUGUACUCAGCCCAGUUUACUGGACAGCUGCAAAAGAAAUUGGAGAAGCCAUGAAUGGGUUUACGCUCACUGAUGCGGUCUUCAAGAGAGAAACUCAAGUGGAGUUUGCAACUGGUGAGAUCCUGCGAAUGACCCAUGUUGCCCGGGGCUUGGAUUCCGAGGGAGCCUUGCUGCUGGAUGUUGUUGUGAGCGGACACAUGCUGCAGCUCCAGUCGGUGGCAGAUGUUCACGUGAAGGAUUACACAGAAGACUAUAUUCAAACCGGCCCUGGGCAACUGUACGCUCAUUCCACUCGUCUCUUCGCUAUAGAUGGAGUUAGUGUUCCCUAUACGUGGAACCACACCAUCACCUAUGAUUACACUAAAGGAAAAAUGCCUUUCUUGGUGGAGACACUCCAUGCUUCCUCUAUUACAACAGAGUACAACCCACUGGAAGAAACUGUGGCCUUUAAAAUCCACGCUUCCAUUGCAAAAGGAGAUCGUAGCAAUCAAUGCCCUACGGGGUUUGGUUUGGACUCAAGUGGGCCUUACUGUUCAGAUGAUGACGAGUGUGCUGCGCGAAAUCCUUGUUCCCAUACCUGUCAUAACUCCAUGGGGUCUUACUACUGCUCCUGUCCAAAAGGCCUCACUAUCUCUGUGGAUGGUAGAACGUGCCAGGAUGUCGAUGAGUGUGCGUUAGGUGGACACACUUGCGAUGCUGGCCAGGACUGUGAAAACCUCAUUGGCUCCUACCGCUGCGUGGUCAGGUGUGGGAACGGCUUUAGGAGAACAGCUGACGGAUUUAGCUGCCAAGAUGUUAAUGAGUGUCAAGAGUCCAACUACUGUCAUCAGCGUUGCUUCAAUACUAUAGGAAGUUUCCACUGUGGUUGUGAUCCAGGAUACCAGCUAAAGGGCAGAAAAUGCAUGGAUGUAAAUGAGUGCAGGCAGAAUGUGUGCAGGCCUGAUCAACUGUGCAAAAACACCCGCGGUGGCUACAAGUGCAUCGAUCUGUGUCCCAGUGGAAUGACCAAGGCAGAGAAUGGAACCUGUGUUGACAUUGAUGAAUGCCGGGAUGGAACCCACCAGUGCCGCUAUAACCAGGUCUGUGAGAACACACGGGGAAGUUACCGUUGUGUGUGUCCCAGAGGAUAUCGGUCCCAGGGAGUUGGAAGACCUUGCGUGGACAUCGAUGAAUGUGAAACCAGAGAGAGCUGCCAGCAUGAGUGCAGAAACACCCUGGGAAGCUACCAGUGUACUUGUCCAUCCGGUUAUCGCCUCGCGCCCAACGGCAAAACCUGUCAAGAUGUUGAUGAGUGCCUCGAACAGAACAUCAAUUGUGGAUCAAAUCAGAUGUGUUUCAACAUGAGAGGAAGCUACCAGUGCAUAGACACACCUUGUCCACCAAAUUAUCAGCGAGAGCCUCUUUCUGGGUUCUGUCUCAAAAACUGCCCAACCAAUGACCUGGAGUGUGAUCUGAGUACCUACGCCUUGGAAUACAAACUCCUUUCCCUCCCCUUCGGCAUAGCGGCUGGGCAGGAUUUGAUCCGGCUGGUUGCCUAUACUCACGAUCAGGUCAUGCACCCGAGGACAACUUUCUCAAUGGCAGACGAGGACCCAGCAGUCCCCUUUGCCCUGCGAGAUGAGAACUUGAAAGGAGUUGUGUUCACCACCCGGCCGCUGCGGGAGCCGAAGACGUACCGCAUGGGAGUCAGAGCUUUAUCCUACAGCGUCGAUGGGAGCAUUGAGUAUCGGACAACUUUCAUUGUGUACAUAGCAGUGUCAGCCUAUCCGUACUAA